AUGGCAGACCCAUACCAAUGGCGCGAAUCCGUCCUGUCUACACGCAGUCUCUCCUAUGUUAGCACCCUAGAUGCCCUCGACGCCGCCAGACCCUCAACCCUACGCAAAAACACCCUCACCUCGAUAACCUCGUCAUACGCCGAAGACGAAGACUUUCACGAUGCUCUCACUCAAGUCCCCUCUUCCGAUAACCUCCCUCCCUCGGUAUCCUCCAGCACUCUGUUCCGCCUACCACGCGAUCUUCGUCUCCAAAUCUACUCCUACCUCCUCACGAGCAGUCGAAAUAUCCUCUGGCCCACAGAACACCAAUCCCACAAUCUCGACCCUCAACUCCUGCGCACCUGUCGUCCUGUCUACGAAGAAGCAGCCCACGUGCUCUACCAAACAAACACUCUCACCUUUGCUCACCCCAGUGAUGCAAACAUGUUCGCUCACGCUUUGAGUAAUCGCUCUUUUGCGUCCUUGAUGCCGCACAUUACCCUCCGCAUCCGCAGCAACGAUACUCGUCUUUGGACAGGCUGGUUCAACACAAACGCUGCAGAAAGAAGUCUUGUGCGCGACUUGCCUGGCUUACGGCAAUUGACUAUUCGCUACCGAGGACCUAGAUGGCAGCCAAGUCUAAAUGAGAAAGCAAACGCGGAUUUGUGGCUCAAGGAUCCAAAGCUGCAAGAAAUCAUACUCAGCGUGAGGAAGUGUGUUGCUGAAGUCAGGUUGUUGCUGUGCGUCAGAUUACCUGAUGAGGUGGCUGAGGAGAUUCAAAGAGGGCCGGGGCAGAGUGAGGAAGGAGAAGAGAAGAUGCCUCAUGUCAUGUUCAGGAGGUGGGUAUGGUUGAAUGGUUGUCAUAUUCGUGUCGAGCCUCUGGGCAAGGAUGACGACGCUUGA